AUGCGUUUUCUCUUUUGGUCAAUUUUACCAGCACUGGUAGCGGUUGUUGAUGCCGACGCCGAUUGCACGGGUCUGAAUGCCCUCAGCCCUGACUGUAUUUCUACCGAGGCUCCAUACCGAAGAGAUACAUUCUAUGUUGGCGGCAGCUAUGUUCCCUACAGUACCACGACGCAGAGCCUCACAGUUGGCCAGGCAUAUGUCGAGAAACUCACACCGCUGACUGGUGUAAACCAGACCCAUCCUCUUGUAUUCAUAUCCGCUGGUUUACCUCCAGGCUCUGUGUGGCUGAACACACCCGAUAACAGACAAGGUUGGGCAUCCUAUUUCGUAGAAGCAGGCUACCAGGUUUACAUCAUGGAUGUCAUUGGCAACGGCCGCAGCCUCCAAAACGAUUUGGCAGACUACACACUGAGGUUUGGCUCGACCGAUAAUAUUACACAGAAUGGCUUCACGGCCCCUGAGCUGGUAGACUAUUAUCCACAAGCGGAAGGACACGACAAGUGGCCCGGAACCGGCGUUCGUGGUGAUCCAGUUUUCGACGCUUUCGAAUCCGCCAUGAUACCAAUCAAUACAAACUACACCAUAGGCGAACUAGCAAUGAGAGCUGCUGGGUGUAAUCUGCUUACCUACAUCGGCGAGUCAUUCACGUUCUGUCACUCGGCUUCUUGCAUGUUCACUACGCUCUUCGCCGACGAGUGUCCUGAGCUGGUCAAAGCCACCAUCAACAUUGAGCCCACGGUGAUUCCCUUCCAGAAUCUGGUCGGUAACUCGACAGAUCCAACCACUGGGCGUACUGCAUCGCGUCAGUAUGGAUUGACCAACACGCCAUUGACAUAUGACCCACCGAUUGAGUCUGCUACCGAACUUAACCCUGUUGAGGUUGGCACCGACUCCCCGGCAUUGAGAUCAUGCUUCUUGCAGUCGAGCAACUCAACAAUACAUACCCUGCCUGAGAUCGCCAAAGUUCCUUUCAUCAUGUACACCGGGAGCGCCAGUCCGCACAUCACGUAUGACCAUUGCGUGGCUCUUUACUUGAAUCAAACUCAAGUACCCUACGAAUGGAUCAAGUUGGAGGAUAUUGGAAUUCUUGGCAAUGGCCACUUCUUGUAUUUGGAAACUAACAAUCUCGAGAUCGCAAAUGUGGUUAAAGCAAAGCUGCAAGAACUCGCUGCCGACUCUUAG